GUGACAACCCAGCACCCGGCAACGGUGCAAGCAACCUGCCGAGCCCGGGGUCCGCUGCCGUCAUGCACCCCCCAGCUCAGUCGUCGCCCACCACCCACCAGAAACCAGCCACUACGACCCAGCGAACACCCUGCUAUAAGCCAAGAAGCUCACCGCGAGCGCUACACAUACCCAAGGCCAAACCCCACCCCUACUAUCAGGCACAGACAGGGAGCCACAGCAUCUUACCCCUCCCCCAACAGCAUCACGGAAGUGAGCCUGCCAAAGACAGACAGAGCAUCCCUCCCUUACCCCCGCCCCCUCGCAUCUAUAGCACAAGCCAACAACCAACCACAGAGACCAGUCUACCAGACCCCGCCCCCCCCCCAACCCAGACAACACGCAACACCGAAAGAGAAACAGAGUACAGGCAAGCCGAACCAGCACGGCAUAGCCACCGCCUGUGCAUUCACUGCAAGGAGCCCGCGAUGAUUCCGCUAGCCCAAUCAGCCCGCACUGCUCGACACGAUAGGAUAUAUAGCCAGGGGCGCGGAACAUGCUACGCUCGGGAGACGCGGGUCCCUUCCAUGCACUGCUCCCUGCGACUACAGAAGCAUAAGCACAAGCAUGCCUCUAUGCGCACGUAGCAUGCAAGAAAAGACGUUCGAGAUGAUAAUGGUGGACCGCUGGGUAUGAAUCCUAAGGCAGGGUUGAUCGAUGCUAUCGAGAUCCUCAAGAGGUUGCAGCACUUGUCCAACCCGAGCUGUCGAGCAGGAUGAAAGUGGGGGGUGGCCGUGAAGCAUGCCAAAAACGAGAUAAACGACGACUGGGAAUGGUGAUGGACCGGGAAGGUGGUCAAGGGAACGUGAUCACUCGACUAGCAGAACCUUCGGUGAUCAUGAUUCUUCAAGUGACACGAACAGAGUGUAAGUUUUACGAAUCAAGAGGUGACGAGGACAACUACAUUCUACGGGUGG